GCAAUCACUGAUGCUGGGCUGGCGGCAUUGCAGCGCGCCGCCGAGACUUGCUGGCCAUCAUUUAUAAUUGCGACGUGGUGAGAACGCAUUAUUGGAGCCCUGUUGGGAGUUGCACAUAUGAUUGGCCGCCGGCGAGCGCCGUGCUGGGUGCUGGCCAUAGCACUCGUGUUGCAGCACGCUGAAACGCUGUCGACGACGACACUUACGGCGCCGAAGCCGGCCUCAACAGCGGUCCAACAGCUCGGCGAAUUCAACGUCGCACAACUCCAAGAGUACGAGGGCUUGAGGGGCCGCUUCGACCGCGACAAAAUCCUCGGCUUCCUGGCCAAGCGGCCGUGGACGGUAGCGGGCUGUGUGGAAAUCAAAUGUCGCGGCGCAUCUCGUCCCACGGCCCAAUCAUGACCUCCACGCCAUCGACGCGAUACUCGCACACGACACACUGGUUGAUUCCCACACAGGUAGCGGGCCGGUUAGCGUACGUGUCAAGAGUCUUCCUGGACACGAAAAAUGCCUGGGAAAGCCAAGAGUCGUUACCGGAAGACCAGAGGACGCGAGGCGCCAUGCUUAACGCCGCCAUGGCCGGCCUCGGACCCGUCUCGGUCAAAGUCGGCCAGACGCUUUCGCAGCGACCGGAUCUCGUCGGAGAGGAGGCCUGCGAAGCCCUCAAGAGCUUACAAACCAAAAAUAGACCAUUCUCGAACGCUGCAGCAUUGCAGUCCGUAGCUGUAGAGUUCAAGCUCAACAGCACCGCGAACGUGGCCCCGAACAUCGGCGGACUACCCGCAAAAGAGUGCCUCUUCGCCUCAUUUUCCGAAGAGCCGGCGGCCGCCGCGAGCCUCGGCCAAGUGUAUAAGGCGAGGACCCAUGACAACAGAGAAGUCGCAGUCAAGGUCCAGCGGCCCGACGCGCUGCGGACCGUAGCUAUUGAUUAUACGUGUUUCGCAGUAGUAUGGAAAUUAAUAGAAAGGUGGUGGUCGUUCCAGAGGAAGCUGAAGGGCGAGGGCCCUUUUGAUAAUGGGGACAUCGGGGACGUCGUGGACACGGUCGCCGACGGGCUCUUUGACGAGUUGGACUACGACCUGGAAGCCUUGAACGCCGAUCGAUUCCGAGAAUCGCUGGACUUUCUGGGCUUUGUCGACGUCCCUACGUUCCUACCUGAACUCAGUACGAACCGCGUCCUGACGACGGAGUGGAUCCGAGGCGCGCAUCUUGAGGCGUUGAGUGUGAAGGACGGCGCCCUCAUGACCCAACUCGCAGUAGAAGCGUGCACGGCGUCUUUAGUGUUGACAGGUUACGUGCAUGCGGACCCUCACGAAGGAAACCUCAUGCUGCGAGAAGACGGCAAGGUCGUCUUCCUGGAUUUUGGACUCAUGUCCGGCGUCGACGGCUACAUCAUGGAGUCCUUCGCGCAGGGGAUCCGCGCGUGUUUGGCCGAGGACUACGAGUCGCUGGCAAGAGCGUUUCAAGAUGUUGGGUUUCUGACGACGCCGUUGCAGUUCCGGGAGAACCCGAAGCAAGCGUACGAAUUAUAUGAUACUCCAGGAGGAUUGGAUCAAUUCGCGAAUGAAUUGCGGGAGGCGAUGGCUACUACGGAAGGAGGUACUUCCCGGUUCGGGGCUCUAGCUGAGGUAUUGAACGGUAAGCUGUCGAAGAGGUGGAAGAUGUUCACGCCGCCCUACUGCCUCCUCCUCAUCCGCACGUUCCUCACGCUGGAAGGCAUCGCCGCGCAAGUCGACCCCGAUUUUAAUAUUUAUGAGAUGGCGCUGCCCUUUGCUCUUCGAAGGUCGCUAGCUCCUUCGUCCAAAGAGGGCGUCGAGACCCUUCGUAAGUCGUUACUUACAGAUGAUGAUCGAAUUAAGUGGGACGCGCUGCUGGCUCUCAUUGGAGACGAGCCAUCUGAGGAAGUGAUCGAUGAUGGGAAGCCCAAGGCCGAGGCGGACAUGUCGGCGGCCUUGACGGCCGUUGUUGGAAGUUCUUCUGGCGCGGCGUUGCGGAAGGCGAUUCGCGACGUCGACGCGGCGGAUUUGGCGGCGCGACUUGUGAGUCGUUCAGGUAGAGAUGUUAGGCGACGAGCAGCGUUGUCCGUGGCCGGCGCCAUGGAGAAGGCUUUACUUCCUAGAAGACGGAAAGUGUCUCAUGUCGAAGAGGAAUCCGUGGUUUCACUAAAUGCGCAGUCGGCCAAGGGCUUGAGAAGGGCCUCGUCACCCGCCAGUCGUCGCUUGCGCCACCGGCAGAAGCGGUGGCAGCGGCGCGUCGUCGCGCAUCUCAUCAGGUCGCACGUCGCGCGGCAGAUUAGAUCAGGACGGCGGGGGUUGUUCGCCCUCGCGAAGCUGUCCUAUUUGGGAGUGCGGAUCAUGGUUGGUGGGAUGUUACAAUUCCUCUGGGUGGCGCUGCUGCGCGGCAUGGAGCGGAUCAUGCCGGGAUUCCCUCGGCGACCGGCCGCGGCCUAAGUUUAGUGUGUUCGAAUCUAC